UGAUUAAAUAAGCUAACUAUAGCUUGGAGCUAGCUUGCACACGUCGGAAGUGAUAAGUACAAGUUAUGCUGCCUUCAUCGGACACUGAAAAGGGUGUGAAUUCAAGAACUCCGACUAGUAGAAGAACCAGAGUAAAGAUGAUCUUUAACUACCACUUUGCGAACGUUUAAAAUGACGUAGGGGCUUACCUUUUCCGGUGUACCGUGAAUGCAGCAUUGUGAGCAAAAAAGAAAUUGAAGACUUUGUAAAGCUGAGGGUUUCAAAUACCUACCUCUUCUCUGGAAAGAGAAAUACUUCUAUGUGGGCAUGGAGGACCAUUUUGAAACAUAUGGGCUUACACCGUAAGAUGACCCAUCAUCAAGCGUCUAAAAAAUGGGAAAACCUGAAGAAGAGAUACAAGGAGCUAAAGCAUCCCCCAGAAGGGGUGGAAGUGUUUCCUGAUGUAUGGCCUUUUUUCUCCUUGAUGGACGAUGCAAUGGCGGGUCGGCUGGAGGGCAGCGCCCCCAUUCUCAAGGCCUUCCCCCACAACAAAGACAAUGGGGAGUUCUUGAUCAAACCCAAAAAGAAGAAGUUAGCCGCAAUGGUGAAGUCUUCUAUUGUGGCUGCUCCAACUGAGAUUGAAAUUUCACUUAAUGGGAUUGAGGAUGGGGAGGUGGUGGUGGCACAGGAGGAACCUCAGGAUAUAGACUGCAUCUUACAAGAGGUGGAGGACGAGAGGAGGACGACGUGCAGUGAACAACACGUGACGGAAAGGGAGAAAGAGGUGAUGGAACGGGAGCGUCUGGUGCUGCAGAGGGAGAGAGCAGUGCUGGACAGGGAGAUCGCAGUUUUGGAUCGAGACCGAGCCGUGCUGGAGAGAGAGAGGGCGGCGCUGGACAGAGAAAAGGCAGUAAUGGAGAGGGAGAGGGGGAUGGUGGAGAGGGACAGGGAUGCCUUGCGCAGGGACCGGCUGGCUCUGGAGCGAGAGAAAGCUAGACUGAUGAGCCUUUCCGAAGAAAAAGAAGGGUCUGAGGAAGAGGUUACAGAAGAAAGCAGCAGCAACAGCAGCAAUGUGAAAGACUCAGACGAUAUGGACAGGAAACAGAGGCUAAUUCAUUUGUUUGAGAAGCUUAUUGACAAUUUUUGAGAAAAUCUCAGCUCUAAAAUCCUUGCAUACACCAGCUUUAUCUGCAAAAAUUCCCCCUUUUUUGUUGUUUUUUUGUUGGCACAUUUCUGAGCAGUUCCCAGUUCUCAUUUGCCCUCAUUAAACUAAAGAUCCACAUUAAUAAUUCACCUACUAGUUAUCAAUAAAAACGUUGAGCCACUCCUAGUUUGGAGAGGUCUUCAAAAUGACUUUAUUCACUUGUGGUUAUUCCAUACAGAGCACACAAUAGCAACCUGUUAGCAUUUUUCUUUACCCCAUCCACAAUCAAAAUCAACAGCUUCCCGUCCCCAUAUUAAACAAUAGUGUUUUGUUGACUGACUCUACACAUCAGAGUCGUUGGUAUCGGCUAUUGUGCAUGGUUAAAACAUCACUUUUUUGUAGUGUAAUAUACUGAAAAUUGCAGUUCACUUAAAAAAAACCCACCCUUUUCAUGAUCAGAAUAUAUAUUUUUUUAUAUUACAAUACAGACUUUACAACCACUGAGUGUGUUUAAAAUGCACAUUUUAUUGCAUUAGAUACUCAAUUGACUUUUUAUCAAGCUCCAGCUUUGAUAACUAUAUUCUAGCAUACAUUGCCGAAAGUUAUUAGAUUUAUUAUUAAUAACAUUAUAUUUUUUUACAAAACAAAUACAUUUAAAGACUGUUGUCAUUUUUCUGCCAAUUGUGAAAACAAACACAUACAUGACAUUUGAGGGCUUUUAAUAGAUUUGUUUUUCUGUAAAUACUGCCUGUUGUUCACUUUUAAUAAAGUUGUGGGACAGUU